AUGCCGAAAUACAUUGUCACUCAUCUUCAACAACUUUCAUACCCUCUCAUUCCGAUUCUCGACGACCGUGGCGUUUCUCCCGAGUUCACCGGCUGGUGUCCUACAAUUUGGCAACCCACGAAGGGUGCUAUUCCCUAUACGUACAACAUCACUAGCGGCCCGAUCCAUAAGUUCCAUAUCCAGGGCUAUUGGGAAGGAACUCGCGAUGAGCUCUCCAUAUUCAUGAAGAAGGCUAGCCUCGACCCUCAAGACGGGUGGCAAUACGCAUAUCCUUUCACGGUGAAGACUUCGCUUCGCCGUAGGGACGGCAUUACCAUUGAUUUCCCGGCAACCAAUCCAGAAUUCUCUCUCUACGGCAAUCCUCGAAACCUUCAUGUCGAUUCUAACGGCUACGUUAGCGUCUCCAGUAACUUUAUGGUAGAGGGUAUUGACCUCAAGGCCGGCAUUGUCCCUGGGAGACCCGACGAUCAUCCAUGGGCGUGCGUGGGCACUUUGGAAGUUCAGGUUCUGCUAGGAACCGAAUCGCUUAUGUUUUUCACCGCUGAAAUGGAAUCCUACUUUACUGGUAGUCGUCCCAUCAAGUUCCUUGCCUACGAGGGUAUCGACAUCAACUUGCUACGAUUUGCGCUCGGACCGAGAAAUGGCAAGGGAGACGACUCUUCUCUUCCCUACGACGUCGCCGUGGCAAAACGUGUCUUCGAUAGUGGCUAUCUCUACAAUAGAGUCGAUGGUCAACCCGCCUUCACUAAAGGCGCUGGAUCGGCAUUCCUUCUCAGCAAAUAUCUCAUGAUUUAG